AUGUCACACACGACAUUUCUAUGAAUCUAGCAUUUUCAUGAAAUACCAUGCCACUGCAACUUUCUUUUUCCAAAUCUUAUAUGAAGAGGAUAUUAUUAAUGAGUGUUUUCGUCAUCGCAUUUGCCUCAGCGAAUGAGAAACGUUUUAUUAACUCCUCAAAUGAUGGAAAAAGUAAUCCUCUUCUCUGGAUGAUUAUUAAUCAAAUAUCAGGAAUUGAUUCAAAAAUUACUAAGUUGCAAGAUAAGGACGAGCAAAUGAAUAAACAGAUUUCAGAAUUAAAUCACCAAGUUAGCAGUGUCUAUGUUAAAGUUAUUUCAAAAAUUAAAACAGAGAUUAAGAAUCUUCAAAAAAAACAUACCAAUGAUGAUGGAAGAACAAAACAAAUUCUUAAACUGACGGGAGACGUUAACAAAUUAAAACUCAAAGUCAAGAAGCCAUGCGAAUCUGGAUGGACAUUGUUCGGAAAUCAUUGCUACAUGUUUGAACUUUCGAAAGUGUCUUGGCACGCGGCAAAGAAAGAAUGUGAGCGUAGACUGGGCCAUUUAGUAAAGAUUGAAACUUCGGUGGAGAAUUCAUUUUUGACAUCAAUGGUAACGGCAUAUGGAAGGGGAAACAAAGAUUUUUGGAUAGGUUUGAACGACUUAACCAGAGAAGGAUGGUACACCUGGAUAUCUGAUUACUCAACUGUUACAUACACCGACUGGCUUUCUGGAAAUCCGGACAAUUCUCAUGGGAUUGAGGACUGUUGUGAAAUACGUGGAUCCAACUGGAAUGAUGUAGACUGUUCAAUGUCAUAUAGCUUUAUAUGUGAGAAACAAGCACAGAUUGAUAUCACCACUGGCAAAAGACAUGACACGAUUAGAUAAAGCAAUACAUUUUCAAAGAAAGAAA